AGGGUCAAGGGAGAAGAAGAAGACACGGGGCGGUCUUGUUUUUAUCGAUUGUCGCACGCAGCAUCUCUGUUGCGAAAAUGCGCAUCGAAAAGUGUUAUUUCUGUUCGGGACCAGCGUAUCCCGGGCAUGGGGUGACAUUUGUACGGAACGACUGCAAGUCAUUCAGAUUCUGCAGAUCAAAAUGCCUCAAGAACUUCAAGAAGAAGCGUAACCCAAGAAAAACCAGAUGGACCAAAGCAUUCAGAAAGGCAACAGGAAAGGAAUUGACAGUGGAUAACGCCCUGGAGUUUGAGAAACGUAGAAAUAUACCUGUUAAAUAUAGCAGGGGUCUUUGGGAUAAGACAGUGGAGGCAAUGAAGAGGGUGGAAGAAAUCAAACGGAAACGACAGGCACGAUUUAUCAUGAACAGAUUAAAGAAGGGAAAACAGUUGGAGAAGGAAGAGGCCAUCACCGAAGUGAAGAAAAAUAUUCACCUUAUCAAAGCACCACACGCAGGAAAGGCCAAACAAUUGGAAGCCAAAAUGGUGCAGAAGUUACAAGAGGACGUGGACAUGGAGGCUGACGCUAUCUAAUCUUCCAAGGAGUUAUCUUUGUGUGAUGACUCGUAUUCAAGCUGACCUUGUAUUAUAUUGUACUUCUGUUUUGGAAUUAAUAUUUCCGAUUGGCUGAUGAUGGGCACAGUAAUGCAUUCGGUUUUAAAUAGCUUAAGAGGACUGAAAGCAUUGAUCUGACAAAGAUCUGCCUCCAAAGCAGCCGCAAUUAUCCACAUACCCCCCCCAGUUAAUUUUUUUCCCUGUGUGGUAGUUGAUGCCAUAAAGGAUUUACAUGAUCCUUUUGAAUAGUAAAGUGUAUUACAGUAAUGCAGAAAAUGUUAAAAGGUAACCGACAAAAAAUUAAUAAACAUCUUUUGGGUAA